AUGAUAUUUAAUUUAUAUUAUAAAUUAAAAAAAAAUUUAUUAUUAAAAAAAUUUAAAAAUAUAAAAAAAAAUAAUAUUAAGAAAUUUAUUUAUAUAAAAAAAUAUAAUAUAUUAUUAAAAAGUAAAAAUUCAAAUUGUUAUAUAUAUAAUAUUAUUAAUUAUAAAUAUAAAAAUUUAAAAUUAUUAUAUAUAUUAUCUAAUAAAUAUAAUUUAAUAUUAACUAAAAUUAUAAAUUUUUAUUAUAUAAUAUAUAAUAAUUAUAAUAUAAAUUAUAAUAAUAUACAUAUUAUUAAAAAUAUAUUCACAUAUUUUUAA